CAGUUCCCCCUUCCCAUGACCCCCCUGGACCCCCUAAAUCUCCGUGUCCCCCCAGUUCUCCACUCCCUGCGUUACGUGGAUGUGAUGGUGACGGAGCCCAGCCCAGGGAUCCCUCAAUACCUGUCCGUGGGAUAUGUGGACGGGAUCCCCUUUGAGCGCUACGACAGCGAGCGGGGCCAGACAGAGCCGCAGACGCCGUGGAUGGCGGCCGGAGCUGAGCCAGAAUAUUGGGAUAGAGAGACCAAGAUCAAUGAGAGGAACCAGCUCAUUGCUACCACCGACCUGGAGACAGCGCGGGGCCUGUACAACUGGAGUGGGAGUCUCCACACAGUGCAGCGAGUUUGUGGCUGUGACCUCCUGUCCGAUGGGAGCGUCCGUGGAUCCUUUCGGCAAGGCUACGACGGGCAGGAUUUCAUCUCCUUCGAGCUGGGAUCCGGGAGCUUCGUGGCGGCCGAUGGAGCUGCCCAGAUCACCAAGAGGAAAUGGGAACACGAUGGGAUCGUGGCAGAGAGACAGACACAUUACCUGAAGAACAUCUGUCCAGAAUGGCUCAGGAAAUAUGUUGGAUAUGGGCGGGAGGCGCUGGAGCGCAAAGAGCCCCCCGAUGUCCAUGUGUCCGGGAAAGAGGAACACGGGAUCCUGACGUUGUCCUGCCACACGUACGGAUUCUACCCCGGGAUGAUCGGGAUCAACUGGCUGAAGGGGGAUGAACUGCGGGAUCAGGAGACGGAGUGGGGUGGGAUCGUUCCCAACAGCGACGGCACCUUCCACAGCUGGGCCAGGAUCGAGGCGCUGCCGGGGGAGCGGGAGCAGUACCGGUGCCGGGUGGAGCACACCGGAAUGCCGGAGCCCGGGAUCUUCGCCUGGGAACCGGAAUCCGUCUGGAAUUCCAGCCCGGUGUUGGUGGCUGUGUCCGUCAUCGCUGCCAUCAUCAUCAUCAUCGGCCUCCUGGGAGUCGGUGUCUGGAAGCUCCGAUCCGGGAAGAGGGAGGGAAAUGGAUACGACCCCGCGCCCACCAGACUUUGACAUUAUCCCUCUGAUGGGCAGCUGGGCCCAUCUUCCCCUCCAGUGCUGCUGAAGGUGUCAAGCCCUGAAAAGGAGAGAAGAGCCGAGUUUUCCAGGCCCCUCACAGGAACUCUGCGCUGGGCUGUCCGAGGUGUUGGGGGUUCAUGGCAUGGCCCAUCAAAGCCCAUCCUCCCCUGCCAAUCUUGGAAGGUGGGAAAAAGCCUUUUCCCUGCCCCUCACGGGAACUCUGGACAGGCCUGGGAGACGUUGGGGGUUCGUGGCAUGGCCCGGGACACUGUCCAUGGAUAUAAUAACUCAUAACUUCCCUGAGUGUGGGGGCUUCCCUCCCUCACCCCCAACGGAUCAAGGCCACCACUUCAACUGACAGACAUGGGAGCUGCAACUACCAAGUUCCAUCGCUGGACCCCAUGGGCAGUGACUAUAGACAUCUUUCCACUCUCAGCUCUUCUUUCCCUUCCUCUCCCUUACCCUUCUCCUGUCUUUCCUUUCUCUCCCUUAUGCAUUUUCCCCAAAGGUUAUCUUUAUGCCAUAUUGCUGUAGAUGAGAGAUACAGAUGAUAACACCCAAAAUGGCAAUGUACCUGUUUACCUUUGAAACAAAAUUGUUCUAAAAUAAACCCUACAUAUGUAAGUUUUUAAACACUGA